AUGACUGGCCGUGGUAAAGGAGGUAAGGGACUUGGAAAAGGGGGUGCUAAGCGUCAUAGAAAGAUUUUGCGUGAUAACAUUCAGGGUAUCACUAAACCUGCCAUUCGUCGUCUUGCUCGUCGUGGUGGCGUUAAACGUAUCUCUGGUCUUAUCUACGAAGAAACUCGUGGAGUCUUAAAAGUAUUUCUGGAAAGUGUGAUUCGUGACGCAGUUACCUAUACUGAACAUGCUAAGCGUAAGACGGUCACAUCGCUAGAUGUUGUAUACGCUCUCAAACGUCAAGGCCGCACCAUCUAUGGUUUUGGCGGAUAA